AUGACACUCCUUGCGCUCAAGGAGGACCGGCCGACGCCAAAGGCCGUCUACAACUGGCGUGUCUACGCCUGUGCCGCCGUGUCUUCGUUUGCGUCCUGCAUGAUCGGUUACGACUCUGCCUUCAUUGGUACCACGCUUGCUCUCCCAUCCUUCACCAAGGAAUUCGACUUCUCCUCCUAUGACCCCGACGACCUCGCUCUUCUCCAGGCCAACAUUGUCUCGGUUUACCAAGCAGGCGCCUUCUUUGGCAGUCUGUUUGCCUACUGCACGAGCCACUUUCUCGGCCGGCGCAAGUCCCUGUUUGUCUUUGCCGCCGUCUUCCUCCUUGGGGCGGGCAUCAUGCUUGCGGCGAGCGCCGAGAGGGGCCUUGCGCCCAUCCUGGCCGGUCGAGUUUUAGCGGGGAUCGGCGUGGGUGGCGCAUCCAACAUGGUGCCAAUCUACAUCUCGGAGCUGGCGCCUCCUGCCGUCCGUGGCCGGCUUGUGGGCAUCUACGAGCUCGGUUGGCAGAUUGGUGGUUUGGUCGGGUUUUGGAUCAACUACGGCGUCAACACGACUCUGGCGCCCACCCGGUCCCAGUGGAUGAUUCCCUUUGCCGUUCAGCUCAUCCCCGGUGGGCUGCUGCUGAUUGGGGUGUUCUGGAUCAAGGAGAGUCCAAGAUGGCUUUUUGCGAAUGGCCGCAGGGAAGAGGCCAUGAAGAUUCUUUGCUGGAUACGGAACCUCGAGCCCACCGAUCAGUAUAUCCUUGAGGAGGUCAAGUACAUAGACCGGGACAUUGAGAGGUUCGAAAGGGACGUCGGCAAGGGCUUUUGGAAGCCUUUCCUGGCGCUCAAGCAGCCUAAGGUCCAGUGGCGUUUCUUCCUCGGCGGUAUGCUGUUCCUUCUUCAAAACGGCAGCGGUAUCAAUGCGAUAAACUACUACUCGCCCACCGUGUUCCGCAGCAUCGGCAUCACGGGCACCAACACGGGCUUUCUCACGACGGGCGUGUUUGGCGUCGUCAAGACGGUGCUGACGGUAAUCUGGCUGCUCUGGCUCGUGGACCACGUCGGGCGGCGCCGGAUGCUCUUCAUCGGUGCUGCGGGCGGCUCCCUGUGCAUGUGGUUCAUCGGAGCCUACAUCAAGGUCGCUGGUUCUGGUUCGUUCUCUUCGUCAAGUAGCGGCGGCCUGUCAGGCGGCGGCAUUGCGGCCAUGUUCUUUUUCUAUCUCUGGACCGCCUUCUACACUCCCUCGUGGAACGGGACGCCGUGGGUCGUGAAUUCCGAGAUGUUUGACCAGAACACCCGCUCGCUGGGCCAGGCGAGCGCGUCGGCGAAUAACUGGUUUUGGAAUUUUGUUGUCUCGAGGUUUACCCCGCAGAUGUUUCUCAAGAUGUCGUAUGGGGUGUACUUCUUCUUUGCGUCGUUGAUGAUUCUGAGCAUUGGCUUUGUCUUUUACUUUGUGCCGGAGACCAAGUCGAUCCCGCUUGAGUCGAUGGAUCGACUGUUUGAGAUCAAGCCGGUGAGGAAGGCGAAUAAGGUUCUUAUGGCGGAGCUUGGGAUGCAGGAGGUGGGCGCGGCGGGGGCGGAAGAUGGGUCGGUUUCUACUGUGGACGAGAAGGCUAGGGGGCAUUUGGAGCGGACGGAGCGUGUAUGA